UAGAGAGGGAAGGCUUACUGUGGAGAUAACGUUUGAGCUGAGACUUAAAGGAUGAGAAGUCAUUAGUUAUGUAAAGAGACUGGACAAGACUUCAUUCCAGAUGGAGAGGAGAGAAUAUACAAAGGCCUCAAGGCAAAACCCAGAGACCACGUUUGAAGUGUAUGUUGAAGUGGCCUAUCCUAGGACAGGUGGCACUCUUUCAGAUCCUGAGGUGCAGAGGCAAUUCCCGGAGGACUACAGUGACCAGGAAGUUCUACAGACUUUGACCAAGUUUUGUUUCCCCUUCUAUGUGGACAGCCUCACAGUUAGCCAAGUUGGCCAGAACUUCACUUUCGUGCUCACUGACAUUGACAGCAAACAGAGAUUCGGGUUCUGCCGCUUAUCUUCAGGAGCUAAGAGCUGCUUCUGUAUCUUAAGCUAUCUCCCAUGGUUUGAAGUAUUUUAUAAGCUACUUAACAUCUUGGCAGAUUACACGACAAAAGGACAGGAGAGUCAGUGGAAUGAGCUUCUCGAAACUCUGCACAAACUUCCCAUCCCUGACCCAGGAGUGUCUGUUCAUCUCAGCGUGCAUUCUUAUUUUACUGUGCCUGACACCAGAGAACUUCCCAGCAUACCUGAGAAUAGAAACCUGACAGAAUAUUUUGUGGCCGUGGACGUAAACAACAUGUUACAUCUGUACGCCAGUAUGCUCUAUGAGCGCCGGAUACUCAUCAUCUGCAGCAAACUCAGCACUCUGACGGCCUGCAUCCACGGCUCUGCCGCCAUGCUCUACCCCAUGUUCUGGCAGCACGUGUACAUCCCUGUCCUGCCGCCGCACCUGCUGGACUACUGCUGUGCUCCCAUGCCCUACCUCAUAGGAAUCCAUUUAAGUUUAAUGGAGAAAGUCCGAAACAUGGCCCUGGAUGAUGUCGUGAUCCUUAACGUGGACACCAACACCCUGGAAACCCCCUUUGACGACCUCCAGAGCCUCCCGAAUGACGUGAUCUCUUCACUGAAGAACCGGCUAAAGAAGGUCUCCACUACCACUGGCGAUGGUGUAGCCAGAGCCUUCCUCAAGGCCCAAGCUGCUUUCUUCGGCAGCUACCGGAACGCUCUGAAAAUUGAGCCGGAGGAGCCAAUCACCUUCUGUGAAGAGGCCUUCGUGUCCCACUAUCGCUCGGGAGCCAUGAGGCAGUUCCUGCAGAAUGCCACCCAGCUGCAGCUCUUCAAACAGUUUAUUGAUGGUAGAUUAGACCUUCUCAAUUCCGGCGAAGGUUUCAGUGAUGUUUUUGAAGAGGAGAUCAACAUGGGCGAGUAUGCUGGCAGCGACAGACUGUACCACCAGUGGCUCUUCACCGUCCGGAAAGGAAGUGGAGCAAUUCUGAAUACUGUGAAAACGAAAGCCAACCCGGCCAUGAAGACUGUCUAUAAGUUUGCAAAAGAUCAUGCAAAAAUGGGAAUAAAAGAGGUGAAAAACCGCUUGAAGCAAAAGGACAUCACGGAGAAUGGCUGUGCCCCCACCUUGGAAGAGCAACUACCAAAGAGUAUGCCGUCCCCCCUGGUGGAGGCCAAGGACCCCAAGCUCCGAGAAGACCGAAGGCCAAUCACAGUCCACUUCGGACAGCCACAAAGACUCCGUCCCGCUCGCCCGCCGCCUCCCAAGAUACAGCGCUCGAGGCCCGUGCGCCCUCCCCGCCCACAUGUUGUGAGGAGACCGAAGAGCAACAUCACGGCUGAAGGCCGAAGGACGUCCAUCUCAAGCCCCGAGCACCUGGUAAAGCCCUCGCGACACUAUGCGGUCUUCCUGUCCGAGGACUCCUCUGACGAUGAGAGCCAGCGGGAAGAGGGCCCGAGCUCUGGCUUCACCGAGAGCUUUUUCUUCUCCGCUCCCUUUGAAUGGCCGCAGCCCUACCGGACACUCAAGGAGUCGGACAGUGCGGAAGGCGAAGCGGAGAGCCCUGAGCCGCGAGCCAGGGCGCCCGGGACCCCUGUGCCAGCCCCACCCGACCGGGCUGCCAGCACUGACCUCCUGGGAGACAUCUUCAGCAGCCUGGACAUGGAGGUGCCACUGCAGCCACUGGGCCAGGCCAAGAGCUUGGAGGAUCUUCGGACCCCCAAAGACCUGAGGGAACAGCCGGGGACCUUUGACUAUCAGCGGCUGGACCUGGGCAGGAGUGAAAGGAGCCGCGGGCUGCCGGGGGCCCUGAGGCUCGCUCACCCCUACAACAAGCUCUGGAGCCUGGGCCAGGACGACAUGGCCAUCUGCAGCAAGCCCCUGGCCACCUCCCCCGAGAAGCCCUCAGCCUUGCUUGGGAACGCCCCAGCCCUGCCCCGCAGGCCCCAGAACCAGGACAGCGUCCUGAACCUCGGUGACAAGGAGGCGGCACCCGCCCCCACUCCGGGCAGCAUCACCAUCCCCCGGCCCCAGGGCAGGAAGACCCCGGAGCUGGGCAUCGUGCCCCCGCCUCCCACCGCCCGCCCAGCCAAGUUGCAAGCUGCUGGCGCCGCCCUCGGUGCCUUCUCCUCGGAGUGGCUGCAGGCUGAGCGGGAAAGGCGCGCUGCCCCCCUCCCCAGCGCUGCCCCCCAGGGCCCCCCCACCCUGCUCCAGCCGCUCAGCCUGGCCCCAGGGGCUGCGGCCACUGGCAGUGAUGCCCUGCUGGCCCUCCUGGACCCACUUAACACAGCCCGGCCGGACAGUGCCCUUCCGCCAGGCCCCACAGCCCCAAAUAUAGCCACCCCAUUCACCCCCCAGUUCAGUCUGCCCCCCGCAGGGACCCCCGCCCCAUUUCCACAGCAGUCACUCAACCCCUUUGUCCCACCUGUGCCAGCCGCGCUGCCUGCCAUGUCCCUGGUCUCCACACCAGCCGGGCCCUUCGGGGCCCCUCCUGCCUCCCUGGGCCCAGCUUUUGCCCCCAGCUUCCUGCUGUCCAGCUCUGGCUUCUGCCCCCCAUAUAGAUCUCAGCCCAACCUGUCUGCGCUCUCCAUGCCCAAUCUCUUUGGUCAGAUGCCCAUGGGUGCCCACACCAGCCCCCUGCAGCCACUGGGCCCCCCAACAGUCGCCCCUUCGAGGAUCCGAACAUUGCCCUUGGUCCGUUCCAGUGCCAGGGCUGCUGAGGCCAAGCAGGGGCUGGCCCUUAGGCCUGGAGACCCCCCACUCCUUCCUCCCAGACCCUCCCAGGGCCUGGAGCCGGCACCGCAGCCCUCUGCUGCUCGAGAGGCCAGAGACCCCUUUGAGGAUUUGCUCCAGAAAACCAAGCAAGCCGUGAGCCCGGCGCCGGCCCCGGCCCCGGCCCGGGGCUCGGUGGAGCAGCUCAGGAAGCAGUGGGAGACCUUCGAGUGA